UCAUAAGCAGGCGGGCGGGCUUGGUGUGCUCCGGCGCUGCCUCGCCUCACUUUAGCCAGCAGAGGUUGCGUGGCUUCUCUUCCACUGGGGGAAAAUAAAACUGAGGAUGUUAAACCGGAGAAUAGUCCCGGGCAUGGUUUUACUCCUGGCGUUUUUCUGCCUCUUCUUGGAAGAUCAAACAGCACAGGCUGGGAAUUGCUGGCUCCGGCAAGCCAGAAACGGGCGCUGCCAGGUCCUCUACAAGAACGGCUUGAGCAAAGAAGAGUGCUGUAAAACGGGCAGGCUGACCACUGCGUGGACUGAGGAAGAUGUCAGUGAUCACAUUCUUUUCAAGUGGAUGAUUUUUAGCGGGGGUGCCCCCAAUUGCAUCCCCUGCAAAGAAACAUGUGAGAAUGUGGAUUGUGGGCACGGGAAGAAAUGUAAAAUGAACAAGAAGAACAAACCUCGGUGUGUCUGCGCUCCGGACUGCUCUAACAUCACAUGGAAGGGCCCAGUGUGUGGCUUGAAUGGAAAAACCUACAGGAAUGAGUGUGCCCUCUUGAAGGCCAGAUGUAAAGAACAACCAGAACUUGAAGUCCAGUAUCAUGGCAAAUGCAGAAAGACCUGUAGGGAUGUCUUAUGUCCAGGCAGCUCCACAUGUGUGGUUGAUCAAAAUAAUAAUGCCAACUGUGUGACCUGCAAUCGGAUUUGCCCAGAGCCUACCUCCCCUGAACAGUAUCUCUGUGGGAACGAUGGGAUAACAUAUCCUAGUGCCUGUCAUCUGAGGAAUGCCACCUGUCGGCUUGGAAGAUCCAUUGGACUAGCCUACGAAGGAAAAUGCAUCAAGGCAAAAUCUUGUGCAGACAUCCAGUGCAGCUCUGGGAAGAAAUGUCUGUGGGAUUUUAAAGUGGGCCGAGGACGAUGCGACCUUUGCGACGAGCUGUGCCCUGAAAGCAAAUCAGAUGAAGCUGUCUGCGCCAGCGAUAACACCACUUAUCCCAGCAAGUGUGCCAUGAAGGAGGCGGCUUGUUCCCUGGGUAUGCUUUUGGAAGUCAAGCACCCAGGAUCUUGCAACUGAAUCUGCCAAUAAAAAGCUGAGCCAUUGAGUCUUCAGAACUUGCUGCAAUUAUGACUUCAUAGAUUAUAUGUCACACACACGCACGCGCACACACGCACGCCAAAACAAAACAAAACUGUAUUGCAUAACAGCAGGUGCCAACGGGCAUCGCACCACAAGCCACGUUUAAAAACAAAACAGAAAAGCUACACUCUCUUAUGGCUAUGCAGGGGGCUUUGACCACAAAAAACUGAGCUGCUUCUGCCGCUGUUGUUGUCUAUAUUUAAACAACAGCUCCCCUGUAUUCUCCUAUCUAGCCAUUAAUGAAGAUCCAGAGGAAGACGAUGACGAAGAUGACCAGGACUACACCUUUCCUAUAUCUUCCAUUCUAGAGUGGUAAAACUUCCAUCACUGUUGGGACACUCAUUGGGCAAGAGAUACAAAAUGUCCAUACUGUACAUACGUGUAUGCUUAUUUAUUUGGGGGAGAAAAAAAAGUAUACAUAUAGUUGAGUCUUGUAGACAUUUAUUUAUACUGUGUCAUGGUUUUAUAAUUUAUACAUAAAAAUGUCUGGUUGACUGUACACCUUUUUUUGGAGGAAAUUUAAUCUUUAUGGGAUGAGCAGUGUUAUUUAUUGUGAGGUCUCUUGCUUGUAAAGUAAAGCUUUUUUUUUCUUGUAAACUAUAAAUCCAUUCCUUAGAGCUUAACCCGCCCUCCCCAUCACAAAUCUUAUUUCCUUGUUUCCACCAACGUUAACUCUUUUCCACUUUAACAAAACUUUGCAUGUCCAUUUCUGUUACAUUUUUUUUAAUUUAUUACAUUUCCUUCUUGCCAGUUCUGUACAUAAACAUACGAUCCCUCGGGUAUUUGUUUACAAGGAAUCUUGACUGACCAAAAGGCGCUGCAAACUGACUUAACUAUAUAUUUGGGGUGCAACGGUGCAUUCUUUAAGGAAACCUCUGCCCCAUUUUUAGCUUACUGUUCUUCUGAUCGCAUCAUGUGUCGUGAUGAUCUCAAAGUACUGGACAUUUAUUUUGUACGAUGAGAAUUUUAGACCCAAAGAAAUUGAAUUAUGAAGGCUGUUAAUAGUGAUGUGGCUUAAAUGUAAUGAGGGUAUAGUUUUUUUAAAAAUACAUUUUCACAUGCAUCAGUGUUCAUUGGGUGUUUCCUUACAUAGUCCUGCUUUUUGUAUACAAGAAAACCAACAAAGCUCCUUAUUGUUUCAUUCAAAGUGUUCACGAAAUAUUAUAUCACAAACUUUAUCAGUUCAAGUUUCUUGCUUUUCAUAAUACUUUUUUUCUGAGGCAAUUUUAUAUUUUCAAACAUGGCGAGUUAAAUAUAAAUUCAUUUAAAUAUAUAGUUUUGUACUUUUCUACCAUGUAAAUGUGCAAUGUAUAUAAAAGUUAUAAUGUGUAUUUGUAAAUAAAUUAUGAGUGAAAAAUAAAAAAAAUGGAUUUUUCCCUAUA